UGUUACAGUCGCCGUGGCAGAGACCGAACGGGACAGAGAAUGGAAGGCGACUCCGCUCCAACAAUCCCCGCGGCAGACGUUUCAUCGGGCGUCAAUGGUGGCAUGACGGUAAAGGAAUGUGAACAGAUGAUCCAGAAAAGCCUUCGAACUCCCAUGGUCAAAUUUCUGAGGGAAAAUUUGGAGAAAUCUGGAUGCGCGAUUGGUGACAAGUUCAUCAAGGCCAUUUAUUGCAACACGAAGGUCAGUGGCGGUUACGCUCGUGGCGAAGGGAUAGUGGUAUGUAGUAAUCACAUGAACAUUCAAGAUGAGGUCAAUCAAGUAGUAAUCCAUGAGCUGAUUCACGCAUAUGAUGAUUGUCGUGCAGCAAACUUGGAUUGGACUAAUUGUGCUCAUCAUGCUUGUAGUGAGAUUCGUUCUGGUCAUCUAAGUGGUGAUUGUCACUUCAAGCGGGAAUUGCUGAGGGGUUAUUUGAAGGUUCGGGGGCAUGGACAAGAGUGUGUGAGAAGAAGAGUUAUGAAGUCAGUCACAGCUAAUCCUCACUGCUCAGAAGCAGCUGCAAAGGAUGCCAUGGAGGCUGUCUGGGAUGUAUGUUACAAUGAUACAAAGCCCUUUGACAGAGCUCCUUGAAGAUGGUAAUCACUACUUGUCAUUGCCAAACCAGCUGUUGCCCAGAUUUCUGAACGGUAUUGAUUCACAUUGAUUAUUUGCUUUUAAAGCAAUAAUAAUUUGUUCCUGCCACAUCUAGUCUCUGGGUCAUACACAAUGCAGUUCAAUAGAGUUCAUUUUCUCUCCUCACUUUUUCUGGGGUUUUCCUUCAUUUUGUCAUUACUCUACAACUGCACAAAGAAAGGAUCUUACCAUUCUUAUGCGUCGUAGUGAUUGUACAUGACAAUUAAUGUUAUCUCUGAUGUUGCAUUUGAAGGAGAAUUCCUUCUUUUUGGUUUGAAAGGAAAAGAAAGUUGAGAGUUUCAGUUCUGUUUCAUUAGUCACUUACUAUUAUGAAGGCGAUGAUGGUAUGCUAUUAUUGUUCAAGUGAUAUGAGAUGGAUGGAAUUUGUAUCGCCAGUGGGCAUCAUUCAGUUUGCUUUUGAUGAAAUAUAAUAGUUCUUGUGCCUGAAAAUUGAAACUUUCAUUGUGUCAUGUCCUGAAUAGCAUGCUUCAUGAGAGAUAAAGGGGGGCAAAUCCGGAUUUUGAUGAGCCCAAAAAUUGAGGCAUAACUUCAGACCUAUCGACCAUAUGAGUUCUCUAGGUUAGACUGGUACCCAUCAAAAAAAAAAAAAAGAGUUCUCUAGGUUAGAGUUCGUGCAAUCUCAACAUAUUUGCACCCAAUUAUCACCCAGGUCAACAAGCACCUACAUAUAUCAAAAUGCAAAACUUCUAGCACAAAGAUGCUAAACAACUAAAAUUUGCAUAGACAUGAUGGUUUUGCAUGGUUGCAUGUGUCAUCUUCUUGUGUGCCAUGCUCUAUGAAUGAGCUUACCAAUUGAACCUUCUUGGCUCAUUGUAGGAGCCUGGAUAUGUAGGAUUUAAUGGGUAGGGUUCAUUGGACAAGUAGGGACCUGAUAGAGACAUUGAGGGAAGGUUCUCUCUUUUUUUAGUUUAAAAAUGAUACUUUAGUACCGGAGAAGGAACAAAAAGAAACCCCAACUUGGUAAGCACAUAAAUGUAUAGGAUUCUGCCUCUUAACUUUCUGUUCAUCUAUUAUAUGUGUUCCCACUAUUUAAGUGAAUUUUUCCGCUCUGGGUCCCCUUUUAGUUUGACCACUUGAUAUCUUGCACUUAGAAAAGUCCAGCAAGGAUGCCAUAUAUGGACAGAGUUGGAGAGAGGUGAGAGUAUAUAGAAGAAUCAAUAUGGAGUUGUUGGUGCUUAAGAUGAUGAUUUGCCUCUCCUUGCUCAGUCAAUCGCAAACACUUGCUGCUAGACCACAUUUCUCAGGUUGUCUCUUUGUGAAGGUAAGUUUUUGCUUAAGGUGUGUUUCUAGGACUUCGCAUUAAAUGCCUUAGUUUGCAGGUUUGAUGGGGUUACAAGAUCCGCCCAAGCAAAUAAGGAGACUGGUGAAAGAUCAACUGACUGUGCCUUGGUGGUGGUCAGAGGAUUAUACUCAGGCUCGGAGGCGACAACCUGUGAAUAAUAAGUUAGACCCCUGACUGCUGCUUCUCUCCCUGUCUUUUGUUUGAUGAUAUGCAAUCAAAAUGUCUCGGAAGGACAAUUAUAUGUUUCCAGUUGGUAGUGACUUAGCUGCUUUGUUUGAUGACAUGCAGAAAACUUGAUGUUUUACCUGGAUAAUUGAGUUCUCCCUGUCUCUGCCCC